AUGCUGUGCUGGCGUCUCGUCCUACCCGUCUGCUUCGGCGUCGCCAAUGCAUUCGUCGCGCCGAGCUCGUCCAGCAACCUCGCUUCAUUGGCGCCGCGUUUCAAGGUCGCCGCGCUCCACGCAGCCGUCGACGUGACGCUGGAGAAGCCUCUAGGCCUCGUCCUCGAGGAGAACACUGCCGACUCCCCCCAUGGUCUUUACGUCGCCGACAUCCUCGACUCCGGCUCGGCGUGCAAGAACGCCGACGUGCGCGUGUCGCUGCAGCUCCAGAGCGUCGACGGCGUCGACGUCACGGCGCUGGGCUUCGACGACGUCAUGGAGCUUAUCGGCGACGCGGCGAGCCCGGUGCGGCUCACCUUCGAGGGCGACGGCGCGCCGGAGGAGAGCUCCUUCCUCGACGACGAGGCGCCGGCCGACGACGGCGCGGCCUCGUCGUCGGCCGACGACGACGCGGCGACGUGCGCGAUGACCGUCGUCGGGCCCAAGGGCGAGGCGACGGUCGUCGCGGAGAAGGGCGCGAAUUUGCGGGCCGCGCUCCUCGGCGACAAGCAGGCCGUCUACAGCUUCCAGGGCACGCUCAUGAACUGCAACGGCGGCGGCCAGUGCGGCCUCUGCCGG